AUGGCCGCCGUGCCGCAGCGGCAGCACCUGUUUCUGAUCCUCGCUCUCGCCGCGGCCGUCGUCCUUCCACAGGUGGCCUCGGCCUCCUCCUACCGCUGCGGCUGGUGUCCGCGUCGCUCCACCGCCUCCCUCCUCCCUCCCGACGCCGGCGCCAUCACCGGCGCCUCCUGCGGAUACGGCCCGGAGACGGUAGCAUCGGAGCUCACCGACGCGGGGUUCCACAUUGCCGCCGUCAGCGCCGGCUUCUUCCGCGACGGCCGAGCCUGCGGCGCGUGCUACCAGCUGAGGUGCAGGGGACGCACGGCCUGCGCGGAGGACGGCGUCAAAGUCGUGGUCGUCGCCGACGCGCCGGACACGAACGUUACAGGCGACGGUGGGUUCAUGCUCACCAGGGACGCCUUCGCCGCCUUGACCAACCGCGGCGGCGAUCUCCUCGCGCGCCAGGACGACGACGACGCGACCAUCGACAUCGACUUCAGAAGGAUACCGUGCGCGUACAGGGACAAGAACCUGUCGGUCCGAGUGGACGAGGCGAGCGUCAGGAGCCGCGGCCGCCUCGUCCUCCGGUUCCUCUACCAGGGCGGGCAGACCGACAUCGCCGCCGUCGAGGUGGCCCAGGCGGUGAACCUUGACGCUGAGCCGUCGCCGGCGUCGAUGUGGCGGUACAUGACGCGGCGCGAGGGGUCGCCGGGGGUGUGGAGCACGUCCCGCGCGCCGGCCGGCCCGCUCCGUUUCAGGGUCGUGGUGACCGCCGGAUCAGGCGGCAAGUGGCUGCAGUCCGCCGGUGCGGUGCUGCCCGCGGAGUGGGCGCCCGGCGGGGUCUACGACACGGGGCUCCGCGUCGCCGACGUUGCAGCCAGCACAUGCGGCGGCGCCUCCUGCGGCUUCGCCGACGAGAGCGGCGACAAGGAGCUCCGAUGA